AGCUUACAAAUUCUAAUGUCAUGGCUGUGAUCGUGCCAUUCGUUCGAACGAUUGCGUCUAUCAAACACGAACUUGAGAUAAACUAAAUUUUUCGCGUAUAUAUCGGAUCCAACGACAGUGACUCAAAAGUUAUGAAGUUGUUUAUCGAAAUUUUUAUACUCGCGGUUGCCGCUUUUUGCCUGGUUACUGCCGGUAGGCCAGAUUUUGUGACGGAUGAGAUCCUAGAGAUGGUGGCUGGUGACAAGGCUCGAUGCAUGAACGAACACGGAACAACCGAAUCAAUGAUCGACGCUGUGAAUGAGGGUAACAUUAUGAACGAUCGAGCCAUCACCUGCUACAUGUACUGCUUGUUUGAAGCAUUCAGCUUGGUAGAUGAGGACGGCAUUCUCGAGGUCGAGAUGUUGGUCGGUUUCCUUCCUGAGAACAUGCAAGCCUCCGCCGAAACUAUCGUCAAUUCAUGCAUCGACGAAAGCCCUGGCGAUGUGUGCGAUAAGAUGUACGCCACGGCAAAGUGCAUAUACGAUAAGCGUCCUGACUUGUGGUUCAUGCUCUAAAGAUCUGAAAUACGAAUCAAAGUGAAUAGUUAUAUAAGCGUGAUUGUGCACAGUCGAAGACAAGCGCAACCGAUUGGCAUUUACGUACAUAAGAUGGACUCGAAUUACCACAUGUGUACAAGGUGUGUAAUCAGUUCUUGUAAAAUGACUUCUGCGAUCGAGCUGGCUCAUUAAAAUUAUUGUACACGCAAUAAUAUGAAAUUCUUAUUUUUAUUUGAAAAAAUAAAGCAAUUAUAAAAAUUU